AGGUUUAUCUCCAAAAUCUGUCAUCUCUCACUUGACGUGAUUCGUAGGUUAUGUUUUUUGUGUAUGUACAUAUUGUAAUGUACGUUUUUUUACUCUUCUCAUAACUUUAUUAUUAUAAAAUGAUUACUUAAAUUAUUAACAUAAAAUCAUUGCUUAUCAAUUUGUUGUUUACUUUUUGAUUUCAAAUUGGUGAAACAGAAUUGCUGAAAAUAAUCCAAAAUCGGUUUUUAAGAUCAUUUUCUAAGAAUAGUUAUUGAGUUUUUUCCAUUAUUACCAUUUGUAAUUAUUAUCAUUAACUUGUUGAAUAUAUUAUACCCUAUAGGUUUUAAAUUAAGGGGAAAAUGAAAAUAGCUACUGAUCUACAGUACCUCUCUAUAGAGGAACUACAAAAACAUUUUGAACUAUAUAGAAAACUGGUCAGAAAAUUGAACACAGAAAACAAUUGGAGGAAAAUAUUAGAAUUUUUAAGAGACAAUUUUUGUUGUGAUAUGAGUGAUGAAAACUUCAACUCUCCUUUGGCGAAUUAUACUCCUGCGGAAAUGAUCCUACAAGAAUUGGUCAUUCGUGAUGCUGAUGUUGAAAAGUUGUGCAUUAUUCUUCAGGGAUGUGACUUGAUGGAUGCAUUAACUCUACUUUUAGAGCAUGAACCACUUGAAAUAACAAAGCAGCCUGGUGAUUCAGAUGAUCCCGGCAGAAUAUUGUAUGUGAAGGAGAAUGAUUAUAUGCAAUUGGAGUGCACUGCCAGUGGUAUUCCAGUUCCAACCUAUCAGUGGUAUAAGGAUGGAAUAUUACUUGAAGACCAGACAACCUCUUUUCUACUUAUCGAAGAAUUUGGGGGUGACCAUUGUGGAGAGUAUUACUGUUGCGUGAGGCAAGUUGCCAAUAAUGGAGACGAAGUGAAAGAGCAGUCCAACUGUGUGACAGUCAAACAACUGCCUGAGGCGCCUGUCAUCAGCUUCGAUCUUCCGCGCACCAAGACCAUCAAGAAGGGCGAACAGUUGUCGCUCUCCAUUUACGCCUAUGCCUUUCCAGCCCCUCACUAUUCAUGGUAUCAUGGCAAUGCUCUCUUGUCCUCUAAAUCAUCCGAAUUAUUGAUAGACGAGAUUGAAGUGGAAAAUGAGGGUGAAUAUAGAUGUUGCAUUCAAAACAAAGUUGGAGAGCUCUGGAGCAAAACUUGUAAAGUAACAGUUUACUACCCAUGUGAAGAAAAGUUGGAGAAAAAUCAUGCUUCAGCUAAGUUUGCAUUACUAAUUGGGAAUAGUAAAUACGAGCAUUACAAGGAGUUGUUGACCCCUGAAAAUGACUUAAUGGUUUUGACUGAAAUAUUGAAAAAACUUAAUUUUGAAGUAAUCACUCUUCAAGACCUAUCACUCAUAGAAAUGACCAACGCUGUGAAAUGGUUCUGUAAAGCGCUACCGCCGAAAGCUUAUGCAUUUUUCUAUUUUGUUGGUCAUGGCUUCAAAUUGAACAACAGAUACAUGAUGCCAGUGGAUUGUCCGCCAGUCAACGAUUUAUGCCAUUCCGAUUGCUUCUCGGACGCUUUCCUUGAGAAGGAAUUCAUGGAAUCAGAUACUCAACUCAUUGUCAUUGUUUUUGAUAUGUGUCUCAAAGUUCUCAAAGGACCUGCCAAGCUUGAUAACAAAAAGGAACCAGUUUGUGAAUACACGAGAGAGGAUUUGUCGGUCUCAUUUCUGCAAUGCUUAUCGACAUCCAGUCAAUUAGAAUCCUAUGAAACUGUUCAAAGAGAUCAUGGACUUUAUUUCUCACAUCUCCGUAAAUUUCUAGAAAAAGAUAUACCUGUUACAAGAGUAUUUCAGGAAGCGCACAGAGAAUUCAACGAGAAUGAAACAGUGAAACAGAAGCCUUGCAUGUGUUAUGAUGAUGCUGACCGGUUUUGUCUCACAGAUCCUGUUGAUGGAGUGCCAGAAUUGAAAGAGAAAUUCAGAGAAGUGUUCCGAAUUCCACCCAAACAAAAGUUGAAGUUCAAAAAGGUAGACUGGGAUAUGACGGUUGAAAUUCGACCUUAUAAAGGCUGUUUCUUAAAUGCCGUCGAAUUGUGGCUUCUUCCACUCAAAUGGAGUCUAAAAUUGGAAUUCAAUUGUAUCCAUCACGAUACAAAGGGCAUGAGGCAUCAUAUCAGAAUUGAUGAAGGUGCUGGCGCUGUCGUUCAAAGCCUAUUUGAUCUUCAAAAAGCCAAGUUUGAUCUUUGCGUGUCAAUAUUUUUAUUAAAACAAAGCAAAAGUAAUGGAAAUCGGAUGGAAAUAGUUGACAGUGCAAUGCUGGAUCUUGGAAGUUUCAUGAUAAUGCCAGCUCGUUUGUGGUACAUUAAAGAAGAAGCAGAACUUCAAAGAUGACAACUUACACAAUCUGGAAGAACAUCAUUCAACUCAGAAGUCUUGUAAUUAUAGUCAAUUUAUAAUGCUAGUGUUUUUAUUCUAAAUGUGAUACUUACAUGAACCCUAGGCUUAUGUAAAAGUGAGGAUGGGUAGUGAGAGAGAUAAGAAAUAAACGAAAAAACAUUUCAGGUGGAUUCUAAACCAUCAUGAAUCAAGUUUAGAAAGUCCAAAGUACUUUAGUGUGUGUGAAGAAUUAUAACAUUCAUUUGUGAAAAAUACAGAGCAUAACGUAUAAAGCUAUCAGUAUUUUUUAUUAAAACUAUAUUAUUUCAUAAAAUAAAAUAGCAUGUGAAGUUGCAGCAAUAAAAGUUUGGUUUACAAGGUGCUUUAUAAUUUGCAUGAAAGAUCUAAAUUAAUUUUAUUGAUUCAAAAUUAAAAGUUAAGAAUAAAAAAAUUGAAUGAAAAUAUUCAAGUGUAAUAAAAUUAAGUGUAUAUUAAGUUAUAUCAUUGAAUAUAUAAAUAAAUUUCAUCUUCUAAUCAUAAA